CCUCCCCACAAACCGCAAACCCCGCCCCUUCCCUCCCUCCCCCAAAUUCGCCCAACACCUUCGGAAUCGCAAUGGCGAGCUUUAACGCCGCCGGCGCCGCCCCAGCCAACCCUAACCCUAACAAAUCCCUCGAGGUGAAUCCGGCGCCCGGGGACUCGGUUUCCAGCCUCAGCUUCAGCCCCAAGGCGAACCACCUGAUUGCCACCUCCUGGGACAACCAGGUUCGGUGCUGGGAGGUUCAGCCUGGCGGCCAAUGCCAGGCGAAGGCGUCUAUUUCGCACGAUCAGCCAGUCUUGUGCUCUGCGUGGAAGGAUGAUGGGACUACUGUUUUUUCGGGAGGUUGUGACAAAAUGGUGAAGAUGUGGCCGCUGCUGUCCGGCGGGCAGGCCACGACCUUCUCAGGCCAUGAGGCGUCGGUCAAAGAACUCGCUUGGAUUCCACAGAUGAGUCUUCUUGUCAGUGGGAGCUGGGAUAAGACUCUGAGGUACUGGGACAUUCGACAACCUAAUCCAGCCCAUGUUCAGCAACUUCCAGAGCGCUGCUAUGCUCUCUCACUUAGUUAUCCUCUAAUGGCGGUCGGUACUGCUGAUCGCAACGUUGUUAUCUUCAAUCUGCAGAAUCCACAGGCUGAAUUCAAGAGGAUCGUGUCACCUUUGAAAUUCCAGACAAGGUGUAUUGCCGCGUUCCCUGAUCAACAAGGAUUCUUGGUUGGAUCAAUAGAAGGACGCGUUGGUGUUCAUCAUGUGGAUGACUCUAAUCAAAGCAAGAAUUUCACAUUCAAAUGUCACCGUGAGGGCACUGAUAUAUACUCUGUUAACUCGCUGAACUUUCAUCCUGUGCACCAUACAUUUGCUACUGCAGGCUCUGAUGGAGGUUUCAACUUUUGGGACAAGGACAGUAAACAAAGACUGAAGGCUUUUAGCAAGUGCCCAUCACCCGUCACGUGCAGCACAUUCAAUCAGGAUGGCUCAAUCUUUGCUUAUGCGGUAUGUUAUGAUUGGAGCAAGGGUGCUGAGAAGCAUAAUCCUUCUACUGCAAAGACAAAUAUCUUUCUGCAUAGCGUGCAGGAAUCUGAUGUCAAAGGAAAGCCCCGUACUGGAAAAAAGUAGACUUGGAAAUGACAAGCUGCAGAUCUGUGCUCCGAACCUGAUGAGUUUGCUGUUGCCUGAUGCUAAUUACCCGCAUUAGUGUUUAGAUCUUGACUCUGCAGGGCAUUUUUUUCAUCUCUGAGACUGCAAGCAUAUCUUCUAUAAAAAGCAGUUGCAUUUCUUCCCAUGUAAAUGGCAGGUCGUAUUUUGUUGCUGUAGUUCAGCUGUUUUUCCGCAAGUUGGACGUCAGAGUUGGGAACAAAGAGUUGAAUGACUACUCGGCUUUAAAUCCGUUGAUUUGCUGA